AUGUCCGCGGAGCACCCAGCCGUACUGCAGGACUUCCUCCCUGGAGAGGGCAGCAGCUCCUCUUUGGUCGAGAACGCCGCUGGAUUGCGGAGCCGGUUCUACGUUCGGUGCCCUUUCCAUACCCCAGUAUCAGGUUAUCGGGGCGUGAAAAUUCCCAGACAUUGGUGCCUCGCCCUACAAUUUGAAUCUAGCAGCCACAGCCAACUUCAUCGUCGGGACAGACAAGACGUCAUAAGAAGCAGUUUGAAGCUCUCUAUAGUGUUCUGGGAAAGGCCGGAACAAGAUGGGGGCAUGUUUACUACGUUCAACCCAGAGGCCUAUGCUGAGGCCGCUCCGCAAAGUCAUAUUCAAGCGGUGACCAAAACGGUCCAUGGGCUGCGAUUAUACCUUUCACCCUAUCUCGUUGAAGCGACUGAAGGAGGUGGUCUACUGAUGGCUGGGUAUGAACGUUGGCUUAUUUCUUACACCCUCUCUACAAUGUAG